GGCACAGCCUGCCUUUCGUCCAAUAAGCAACUUGUGGGCAGGAUUUACGUGACAGCGCUUGAGAAAUAGGAACUAAACAGCGCUUGGCAACAGAAUCGGAGACAUGUGUGGAAUAUUUGCAUAUCUGAAUUAUCAUGUGCCUCGUACCCGGCGUGAGAUCCUUGAGGUCCUUAUCAAAGGUCUGCGGCGUCUGGAGUACCGUGGCUAUGACUCUGCAGGUGUAGGUAUUGAUGGAGGAAACAGAAAAGAAAUUGAAAGCAAGGCCAAGAGCAUCCAUCUGAUCAAACAAACAGGAAAAGUAAAUGCCCUGGAUGAGGAAAUCCAUAAGCAAGAGAAUAUGGAUCUCGACGUUGAGUUUGAUGUGCACCUUGGGAUCGCUCACACUCGAUGGGCCACACAUGGCGUCCCCAGCCCUGUCAACAGCCACCCACAGAGAUCCGACAAGAACAAUGAGUUUAUUGUUAUCCAUAACGGGAUCAUCACCAAUUACAAAGACCUGAAGAAGUUUCUGGAGAGUAAAGGGUACGAGUUUGAGUCUGAGACAGACACUGAGACCAUUGCCAAGCUGGUGAAGUAUGUGUACGAUAACCGGGAGAACGAUGACAUCACCUUCGCCACCCUUGUGGAGCAAGUCACACAGCAACUGGAAGGAGCUUUUGCCCUGGUGUUCAAGAGUCUGCAUUUUCCAGGAGAGGCAGUAGUGACCAGGAGAGGAGGUCCAUUACUGAUCGGUGUUAGAAGUGACCACAAGCUGUCCAGCGAUCAGAUUCCCAUCUUGUAUCGCUCUUCUUGUAAAGACAAAAAGAGUUGUAAUACCCUGCCCAGGAUGGAUCAGGACACUUGUCUAUUCCCUGUGGAUCAGAAAUCUGUGGAGUAUUACUUUGCCUCUGAUGCCAGUGCUGUUAUUGAACACACCAAUCGGGUCAUCUUCCUCGAGGAUGAUGAUGUUGCAGCGGUGAGUGAGGGACGUCUCUCCAUCCAUCGGAUCAAGCGUACAGCGGGAGACCACCCGGCCCGUGCCAUACAGACCCUUCAGAUGGAACUGCAGCAGAUCAUGAAGGGUAACUUCAGUUCCUUCAUGCAGAAAGAGAUCUUUGAGCAGCCAGAGUCUGUGGUGAACACCAUGAGAGGAAGAGUGAACUUUGAGAACAACACAGUGAUCUUGGGAGGGCUGAAAGAUCACAUUAAAGAGAUCCAGAGGUGUCGCAGGCUCAUCAUGAUUGCUUGUGGGACUAGUUACCAUGCUGGAGUUGCAACUCGUCAGGUUUUGGAAGAACUAACCGAACUUCCUGUCAUGGUUGAACUGGCCAGUGACUUUCUGGAUCGAAACACACCUGUGUUCCGUGAUGAUGUGUGCUUUUUCAUCAGCCAAUCAGGAGAGACCGCAGACAGCCUGUUGGCUCUGCGCUACUGUAAAGAGAGAGGUGCACUUACUGUGGGCAUCACAAACACUGUGGGCAGCUCGAUCUCAAGAGAAACUGACUGUGGUGUUCACAUCAAUGCUGGACCAGAAAUUGGAGUGGCUAGCACCAAGGCAUACACAAGUCAGUUUGUGGCACUCAUCAUGUUUGCCCUGCUGAUGUGUGACGACAGAAUUUCCAUGCAACCACGGAGGCGAGAAAUCAUACAGGGUCUCCGAGUGCUGCCAGAUCUGAUUAAAGAGGUGUUGAGUUUGGAUGAGGAGAUACAGAAGCUGGCGACCGAACUUUACCAACAGAAGAGUGUUCUCAUCAUGGGCCGUGGUUAUCACUAUGCUACCUGCCUGGAAGGAGCUUUGAAAAUUAAGGAGAUAACAUACAUGCAUUCAGAGGGGAUUCUGGCUGGAGAGCUGAAGCACGGCCCGCUGGCUUUAGUGGACAAACUUAUGCCUGUCAUUAUGAUCAUCAUGAGAGAUCACACAUACACAAAGUGCCAAAAUGCACUGCAGCAGGUGGUGGCCAGACAGGGGCGUCCAAUUGUGAUCUGUGAUAAGGAGGACAAUGAGACUAUAAAUACCUCCAUUCGCACCAUCAAAGUGCCUCAUUGUCUGGACUGUCUACAGGGAAUUCUCAGUGUCAUCCCACUACAGCUGCUCUCUUUUCACCUCGCCGUGCUACGCGGAUACGAUGUUGAUUGCCCAAGAAACUUGGCAAAGUCGGUGACUGUAGAGUGAACCUGAUCGAUCGAUACCCCAAACACACACACGAAUAUCAAGUACAGACUAUUGAAGACAUGAAGAAAACGUUUCUUUUUUACAUAUUAGCUUUCAUAUUAUAAAGAAUCUGAGGUAUAUCUCCUAUAUAAUUGUAUUUCCUCUCAAAGCACGAUUCGCAUCAUGUCACUGUCGUUGACUGGAUUGUGUUUUUCUUUGUGGUGGCGUGGUAUGGGGUGGCAAUAUAUACAAUAAAAGCCACCCGUCACAGAUGAGCUAUAGCAAAACUGUUUUUGUCCUGUGGCGGUUUGUUAUUUAUUUGUUUGCUGUAUUCGUAAUUUAUUCUCCGUUUCCAUCAAAUACACUUGCAGUGGUGUAGCAAACUUGAUGUUCCCGUCUGCAUUGUGUAACUAAAUUAGCAAUGGCUUGGCUUUUAUUAUAGGUUUCCAUUAGUUGCUUACCCCAAAGAAAAAUCCCACAGUUUUGUGGUAUUUGGUACUGAACUUGUGUUUAGUGGUAGAUAGCACACUUGUUUGUUUAUCCGAUUUGCUGCUAUUUAGGGAGGUUGUUGUGUUACUGAUGAUCAUCAUUUUAUUUGGGAUUAUUUGGAAUUGCAUUUCCAUCGGGAAUAUUGUUUGUUAACACUUUGUGAGCCAUUGCUAAUGUAUGCUUGGGUGAUGUUACUAAACUGAAAUUUGACUUUUUAUGAAUAACUCUUAAUGUAGGUUAUGUAAAGUACAUAUUUAUUAUCGUUCAGUAGGGGUUUCUUUCAUUCUCCUGGCAAUAUUAAAAGAAAGGGUCCGGUCAGGUUAAAUGACUUCCGACACCUAUGGUUUUAAAGGAAGAGAUUAUGUUUAUGAAGGGUAAAAUAUGAAGGUUAACGCAUGAUCUGUUUGCUGAGCCAAUCUUUGUGACUAGUUUUUCGGGUUUCCAAACUAAGUCGUUGGUUUGCAAUUUCAUUUUGCACAUCAAGACAUCUAAGGUAUGUUAAAAAACCAGUCUGCCAUUACAUAAUGAAAUGAUGUUUUGUUUACAUGGUUGCAUGAAGAGAUAAGGGUGUUUGCAUACUGCCUUCAAAGUAAUAUCCCUUGGGUCCCACAAAAAGGGUGUUUCUAAGGAUAAACACUAUAUCUAGUUUAGAUUUGAAUGAUUGUACUCGAAUACUGUAUCUAGUUACUGUAUACAUAUUUUAUGUUCACAAUCGCAUUGUCUUUUAAUAUGAGAUUAAUAUAAAGGUACAUUCAACACAUUGUGUGUAUUUUAAAUGAAUGCUUGGCAUUGUUGGCUACCACUUUCAGAUUCCGUUUUUUUCUGCUGGAUAUUUAAGGCCUUGUUAUAAAGGAGAUCGGUCUCCAGUUUACAGUUGUACUGCCAAUGUAGUGAAAUCAUAAAGUGUGUUACGUAGCACCUGCCCCAUACCACGCCACCGUCAUUUUUGAUUGUUUCUAUGGGACCAUUUUGUUGUUAUUUGUCUUUGUCGUUAUUGGGAAUAUAAGGCUUAUAUUUUUAUUGUUUACUUUAUAUUUGUUCUUUCUUUUAAUCCAAAUAUUUAAUAUAGCAAAUUUUGUUCAAUUUCAUUUAUUCUAUUAUGUUGUGUCACAAUGAACACAAAUAAACAAACAUAGCGACACCUCAAAAGAAUCAGGUUUAUACCAAAAAUACCUGUUACUAUUAUUGGCAUGUAACCAAAGGUGUGACUCUGAAUUUUUUAACGAAGGGUCAUGUGGGCGGUAGCAUUGAAGAUACAAUUCAAGAACUUUGUAUUUUUCUCUUUUGGAAAAUAAAAGAACUAAACUAUACAAAAAUA